AGAGAGAGAGAGAGAGGAUUUUUACUCUCCUAUGUAUAUGGUGAGUUUCUAAUGAAGAAGAGAUACAUGGUGAGUUGCUAAAUAAGAAGAGACACAGAGAGAGAGAGAAACAGAGAGAGAGAGAGAGAAAAUGGGUAGUAGUAGUGAAACACAAAUCCUAGUCCUUCCAUACCCAGUACAAGGUCACAUAAACCCAAUGCUCCAAUUCUCCAAACGCUUAUCCUCAAAAGGCCUCAACAUCACACUAAUCACCACCACCUCCAUCUCCACCACCCUCCAACUCAACCUCCACCCCACCUCCACCUCCACCUCCACCUCCACCCCCAUCAAAACAGUCUCCAUUUCCGACGGCACAGACAAAAAAGACCACUCCGAAACCUACGAGGCCGAGAUCCUCCGCUUCAAAACCGCCGUCUCGCAAACCCUAGCCCAACUCAUCCAAACCCAACUCACCACCUCUUCAGGAACUAAAGUGCUCGUCUAUGACUCGGUUAUUCCAUGGGCUCUGGACAUAGCUCACAAGUUCGGGCUUCGCGGGGCCUGUUUUUUUACGCAGCCGUGUGGUGUGUGCGCGAUUUAUUAUCAUCUGCAUGAAGGAGAGUUUAAGGUUCCUUUGGAUUUGGAUCAAAGUGGUGUUGUUUCGUUGCCUGCAUUGCCGGGGAUUGGGUUUGAUGAUAUGCCUUCUUUUGUAAGUGAUAUGGGGUCGUAUCCAGCUAUGUUGGGGCUGCUUGUGAAUCAGUUCUCCAAUUUUAGGAAGGCUGAUUGGAUCUUGUUUAACACCUUUGAUAAGUUGGAAGAACAGAUAGUGAAGUGGAUGGCAAGUCAACGGUCGUCAAUCAAGACAAUAGGACCAACCAUUCCAUCCAAGUUUUUAGACAAGAGGUUGGAAGAUGACAAAGAUUAUGGCCUCAGUCUCUUCAAGCCCAGCGUCGAGGCUUGUAUGAAAUGGCUAGACACAAAACCAAAAGCCUCAGUUGUUUAUGCCUCGUUCGGGAGCUUAGCUAGCUUAAGUGAAGCACAAAUGGAGGAAAUAGCAUGGGGCCUGAAAAACAGCAACUACUACUUCUUGUGGGUAGUUAGAUCUUCUGAACAGGGCAAGCUUCCCAGCAACUUCAUCGAUGAAACCUCAUCAGAGAAGAAAGGUCUAAUUGUGAAUUGGUGUUCUCAGCUUCAAGUUUUGGCUCACCAAGCUGUGGGGUGUUUCAUGACUCACUGUGGAUGGAACUCGACACUUGAGGCUCUUAGUUUGGGGGUUCCAAUGGUGGCAAUGCCACAAUGGUCAGAUCAAAUGACUAAUACUAAGUUUGUUGUCGAUCUGUGGCGUACAGGGGUUAGGGUUAAGGUCAAUGACAAGGGUAUUAUUGGCAAGGAAGAGAUAGAGACGAGGAUAAGAGAAGUUAUGGAGGGAGAAAAAGGGAGUGAGCUUAGAAAAAAUGCUGUCAGGUGGAAGGAACUGGCUAAAGAAGCAGUUGAUGAAGGUGGAAGCUCCGAUACCAACAUUGAGGAAUUUGUUUCAGAAAUUCUGAAUGCAUAAUGUAGAUGUGUAAUGACAAUUGAAGAGAUGUUGAAUUGUAAUGUUAUUUGCCAUGAAAUCAAGUCAAUUUGUCAAGACUACUAUUUUUCAAGUAUCAAUUCUAGGUUGAAAAAUCUAUUAUAUGCAUCAACCGAGUCACAGUGCAAGAGUGAAAAUGUCUAGUAAAAAUUUAAUCAGAAUGAGAGCACCUACAGAGCGUGCAUACAUUUACCUAUUUUCAAUGGAUUACCAGUCUUUGAUUU